AUGGCCGCGGUACCGUUCGCAAGGUCUUUCGUACUGCUUACUUACAUAGCCACAGCCGAGACCGCACCUCCGGAGGCACAUCAGCCCCUAGACAGGCUCCAGAAGGAGGUCGACGGCCUCAUGCGAUUGCGCCAAGAGAGUCAGAAGGUUGCUGCAUCCUCGAGGUAUGCGCCUGAAGCCGAAGGUGAAACAGCCGAGACGGACGCAAAACAUGCGGUCUCCGUUGCUGAGGCUCUCCUGGAGGAGGAGAACAAAGAGCUACGCGAGGCUCUUGCCAAUCGCCGCAAGCAGUCUCUCGGCAAGGCGUCUUUGCUCGAGAGCAAGGCGACGAGCAGCGUCUCCACCCACCGCGAGACUUCGCCGGCCGCAGCCGCAGACGCGUCCUCGUGGCACCUGGUGUUGCUGCUGCAAGCCGCCAUGGUGAUCGUGGGACUUGCAUUGGGUGCCCUGUUUUGGACCAUGCAGAGGGCUGAUAGGGCGCGGGAGGCGCGCAUCUCGAAGCUGCACCGGUCCAGGUACGGCAGCCAAGAGUCGGAGCCACGAAACCUGGCCCAGGCCAAACCCAGUCGACUACCGGCAGGUGUUGUGGAUGAGGAUGAGGAGGAGGCCACAGUCUCUGCCGUUCCCGCAGAGCUGCGCUUUGCCCCGCCAAGAGAGGUCUGGAGCCGUGCUUGA